UAUUUAUUCCAUACACUUGUAGGUGCGGGAGUUGAAUGAAAAUUAUAUGCUUUUUCACCGUUCAGCUAUUGUUUCCUUUUUUUUCAGGAAGAAAUGCAUAGGUCUCCAUUAGCAGGUUCCAUACACUCAUUAUCUGCUAAAAGACAACAAUUACUUCUGGAUACUACAAAUUCACCAGGACAUGCACUUUUUGUUACUCCGUCCCCAAAACAAUCAGGUUCUUUUUUGAGUCAGGGAAGCAUAAAACAGGGUGGGCGUGUGCCUUCUGUCCUGAAAAGUAACAUCAAAUUAAAAAUUCUGGAGUGUACUCCCCUUGCUUCUGCUUUCAAUGAUGGAAUUUUGAAGUCAAAAAUUAGAUUAUCAGAUUCCCUUUCUUCUAGAGCUUUAGCUUGUUCAUUCAGUAAAAUUAUGGAACCGAGUGAAGAUUUCCAGUGCCAACAGGUAACUGCACCCGCUAUUAAUCUGAAGGAGCAGUUAUCUGGUGUUGGUCUGAAGCAGGGGGAAAUUGAUGGUCCUGUAACUCCAAAAAACAUCAGCUACUUGAGCCAAGAUGGAGGGACCACAGAGCUUUUAGAAGAUAGAGAACAUUACGAAAAAUAUGCUGAAAGAAUGGGCAAAACUACAGCAUUUAAUUCCUUACCCAUGGGGAUCACACUUGAAAUUGGCAAAGAUAAGAGAGAUCUUGAUACAGCAUAUAAGCUUGUUUCUCCACUGAUGAAUAGGUCAAAAGAGAAGUUACGCUCAUCAACAGAGCAUCAUAACAGUCUGUCUGGCAAUUUAAAGCCUCAUGAUCAGGAUAACAGCAUCAUUAUUGUUUCUAGAGAGGAGCCCAACUCACUAGAAACAGUUCCUAGUAGUAAUUAUUUGACUGCAACAGCUGAAAACAGAACACAGUCCAGCUUACCACUUAUUAAGGCCAACCAUUUAACUGGGACUUCUAUAGUAAAAAAGUUGAAUGAAGGAGAAAGUAAUGGACUUGAUCUGCUGAAUGCUUCUGAGAACUCUAGGAACUUCCCUGAGGGAUUUACCUUGAAAUUGCAAUCAAGAAGCCCAGAGAAAAACAUCGAAACUGCAAUUGAAAUAACCCAGUUCAGUGGAAGUUUCAUUCAGGAACAGAUAAAAGUUUCUUCUUCUUAUGCUUCUCCAGAUGCACCUAGAAGCAAAAAUGACCAGUUGCCUUUAAAGGUAUAUAUCUUCUCUGUAUCUUCUCUUGAUUGCCUGAAUGUUUCCUAGCUCAGAAUUCAAAUUAUGCUUGACAUUUAAAGUCUGGUGCAAUGAUUGCUCAGAGCCCCUUCAGAAAGAAGCAAACUCAGAGUCCAACUUCAAAAGAGCCAAGUUGCAGGCCGUACAGGAAAGAAAUGCAUAGGGGACUAUGUAGUGAUAAUAUGCAACUACCUGUUGCAAAGGAUGUACUAUCUCUUAGCUGCCAUUCAACUAUACAAACGAUUGAUAACCAUCUUCAAAGACCUGUGCAGGACCCAAGUCCUGACCAAGACACUCGAACUCUUCAAAAAGAAAAAGAAUAAGUGAAGUAGUUCUUGCAGACAUGCACCCCGCAGAUAAAAAUAAGUGUAUCCAGCAGAGUCCAAAUUUUCGUGAAAUUGGAGAAAAAAAUAUGGAGCAUAUGUUGGAAUAUUCGAAUGGAAGUAACAUAGGAAAUAAAGGAAUUGAAGGUGGCAAAACAUUGAUGAAUAUGACUGAUAUUUCCAGCAAACUUUCGGCAGAUACAAAACAGCUACUGUCUCCUAGUUUUGAUAAACUAAAUAUAAAAG